CUUCUUUCUUAUUCAAGAAUAUAUCUAUAUACGACAGACAAAAAUAAAAUCCAUAAUAAUUGUAAUGUCAUCAUCAUUUAGCGGAAAUGUGCGUGGAACCGGUUAUCGUAUCGUGGUAGCUGCAGACAACACACAAGUAUCCAAAAAAGCAAUUAGAUUUGCGGUCCAGCUGUAUCGUCGUCUUGAAGGGACCGACAACUCAUUGGAGAUCAUUUACGCCGUCGGGCUGAAUCCGACCAGUGAGACUACACUAUCAUUAUUUGGUGGUCUGGACAGAACGAACAACCUCGAUAUUGAAAACAGCGCAAAAGAAGAUUUGGAAGGCUUAGAACAAUUCAUGACAGAUUACAAAAACUUGGUUGACUUCAAACUGUUUAUGGUGCAAGACACAAAGUCAGUUGAAGAGAUCUUGACUGGUUACAUCAACAAGGAUCCUCCUAAUCUUGUGGUUAUUGGUUCCACCAACAAGGAGGGAAUCUCGAGAUGGGUACUUGGGUCAGUAAGUGAUUACUGCUUACACAACUGCCACUGUCCUGUCAGUCUAGUCCACAAUAAUGUCGAUAUCUAAACCACCUACACAUAUAUAUAUGUAUAUAUACAUAAUCUCUAUUGCUCCCUAUUCUUUUGUGUGUCCGUGUAAAAAUAAAUAAACUAAACUUAAUCAAACGC